AUUACGACAGUGUUGGUUGUUAUACGACAGGAAAAAGCUUCCGCUUUACGGCAGCUGAUGACUUCCUUUCCCACCGGCACUGUGUCGGGGAUCUGCGCCGUUUUACGACCGGUCGGACUUAAAGGUUUUAAAGACAUUGCAUCGUUCACGGCAAUGGCGAAGUUCCACGCCCCUGUGAUCCAGGACAACCCAUGCGGAUGGGGUCCAUGUGCAGUCCCAGAAAAGUUUAAAGACAUGCCUUACCAGCCCUUCAGCAAAGGAGAUCGUCUGGGAAAGGUCGCUGACUGGACCGGGGCAACUUACCAAGAUAAGAGAUACACAAAUAAGUAUUCCUCUCAGUUUGGAGGUGGCAGUCAGUAUGCCUACUUUCAUGAGGAGGAUGAGACAAGCUUCCAGUUGGUGGACACUGCCAAGACACAGAAGACUGCCUACCAGAGGAACCGCAUGAGGUUUGCCCAGAGGAACCUUCGCAGGGACAAAGACCGCAGAAACCUGACCCAGUUCAAUAUGCAGACACUCCCAAAGAGUGCCAAGCAAAAGGAGAGGGAUCGUAUGCGUCUGCAGAAGAAGUUCCAAAAGCAGUUUGGUGUUCGUCAGAAGUGGGACCAAAAGUCCCAGGCCCAGCUCAAGCCCAGAGAUUCUUCUGUGGAGGUGAGGAGCGACUGGGAAGUAAAGGAGGAAAUGGAUUUCCCCAGACUGAUGAAGAUGAGAUACAUGGAGGUGGCUGAUCCUGUGGACAUUGAGUGCUGUGGUGCUUUGGAGUACUACGAUAAGGCCUUCGAUCGGAUCACCACCCGCAAUGAGAAGCAACUAAAAAGCAUCAAGAGGAUCUUCCACACUGUAACCACUACAGAUGAUCCUGUGAUCCGCAAGCUGGCCAAAACUCAGGGUAAUGUGUUUGCCACUGAUGCUAUUUUGGCCACCCUGAUGUGCUGCACACGCUCAGUCAACUCCUGGGACAUCAUUGUCCAGAGAGUGGGAAACAAGCUGUUCUUUGACAAGAGAGACAACUCUGAUUUUGAUUUGCUUACUGUGAGCGAGACGGCCAACGAGCCGCCACAGGAUGAGGGGAACUCCUUCAACUCUCCCCGUAACCUGGCCAUGGAGGCCACGUACAUCAACCACAACUUCAGCCAGCAGUGUUUGCGCAUGGGAGGAGAGAGGUACAAGUUUCCAAACUCUAACCCGUUCGUAGAAGAGGAUAUGGACAAGAGUGAGGUGGCGUCUGUAGCCUACAGGUAUCGUCACUGGAAGCUUGGGGAUGACAUUGAUUUAAUUGUUCGCUGUGAACAUGAUGGAGUGAUGACCGGUGCCAAUGGAGAAGUUUCCUUCAUUAACGUCAAGACCCUCAAUGAGUGGGACUCUAGGCACUGUAACGGUGUGGACUGGCGUCAGAAGCUGGACUCUCAGAGAGGAGCCGUGUUGGCCACUGAGCUGAAAAACAACAGCUAUAAAUUGGCCCGCUGGACCUGCUGCGCCAUGCUAGCAGGAUCAGAGUACCUGAAACUGGGGUAUGUUUCCCGGUACCACGUGAAGGACUCUGCUCGCCAUGUCAUCCUGGGCACCCAGCAGUUCAAACCUAACGAGUUUGCCAGCCAGAUCAACCUGAGCAUGGAGAAUGCCUGGGGAAUUCUGCGCUGUGUCAUUGACAUCUGCCGUAAGCUGGAAGAGGGCAAGUACCUCAUUCUGAAGGAUCCCAACAAGCAAGUGAUCCGGGUGUACAGUCUGCCUGAUGGGACCUUCAGCUCUGAUGAGGAGGAUGAUGAUGAGGAAGAUGACGAGGAAGAAGAAGAUGAAGACAACUGAAGUGUGGAGUCGGCUCCAUUGACCAAACCAGCCUUUACCACACACACAAAAAACAAUGUUAUUUCUUUUGACUUUCAAUAAAGAUUAAACAUUGGCCAGA